ACAUCAUUACACAAACUUUAAUUAUUGGUACAAGUAUUUAAAGUCAUUACAUGUAAUUCUCUUUUUAGAAAAUUAGAGAUCUAUAACAGCUCUUCUAAACAGAAUACCUCAGAUUUUUACAAAUUAAAAUAUUUCAUAUAUUUCUUCAUAAACUUGAAUCAAUUUUCUGGCAACUACAUCAAAAAUCAAUAUCAGCUAUUUUUGAGAAUUAGCUUUAUGAAAACUUAUCUAAUUCAAACAGAGAUAAGACUUCUAGAAAAAAAAGCUCUCUCAUAAACUAUCAGAAUACAGAAUUGUUUAUCAAAAUUAAAGAAAUGAGAAACAAUAUAUUGUAAAUAAGAUGAUUAUUAUUAUAAACAGGAUUUGCUUCUUGUACACAAGUUAACCUUGGAGUAAGUUAGAGUAUGUGCCAAGGCUAAGCACUAAUUCAACUUUUCCAAAACAUUUUUAAGUUAAUGGUAAGAAAUUUAGGUUAUGAGGUGUUAGCAUCUAAAACUUCUCUAAAUAUGCCUGGUAAACUUAGAAUUGCUGCUUCUUCAAUGAAACUCAUUUUCAGGUGGCAGUCGGAAAAAAUAUUGAAUAAUCCCGGAAAAACCGGAACAUCUGGCAACACUCCAAUCGAAGAAUCAGAAGCAGACGAUAAAGUCAAAAAUGUAAUCUGCGCAUGCGCUAUAAGAUUUUCUCAAGAUCUUUUCAACGUAGAAAACAAAGUUGAGAUGAUGUCGCCACGCCUUUUGCAAAACUCAAUGCCUAUGUGAUGCAACAUACUACCGCUAAAAGCAAAUACUAGACAAAUUUUCUUGUAUAUCACAAGCAAUCCUUAUCCUACAAAUUACGCAAUUUAAAUCUUGUAUAAACUAAACAAACUAAGAAACUAUUUUUGUUAUAUUAUUGUCUACUUAGGACUUAGC